AUGUCAAUUCUACUGGCUUACAACGGAUUACAUGUCGAACAAGUUCAGGUGGAAGUGAAGAAUCCUUCUUUAGAAACAUAUCGGAAACUGAUUAUGAAAUAUAGUGAUAGUGUUGUCGAAUGUCCAUGUUCUCAGAUUUCUUCUUUAUAUGAGUCAUUCAUUCAGCUGACACCCACAUAUCAUAGUAUUUGUUCAAGCAGUUUCAUCUCUCAACAAUGGAUUGAAGCAUUAUUUGAUGCUUUAUCGACUAUGCGUUAUUUUUUGGAUUUUCGGACAACAGGUAGUUUAGAAUUUCAAUCCAUAAGAGAAAUAUGUAGCUUAUCGCAGUCAACUUUCAACAGUUACAUAGAAGUAUUCUACAAUGAAGAAUUCAUAGCAGGCUAUCUGGUACAUGAAAAUGUGUUCGAAGCGCAAAUAGCAACGAUUGUGGAUAGCUUUCGUUUGGACACUAUAUCGAAAUUUGCUUUUUCUUUUUCACUUUCGCAGCUGAUCAUGCAUUCAAAUUUAUUGGUUUCUUGCAUUCAAGCGAACUAUAUAUAUGUAUAUUACACCGUAGAUAAAAUCAACUGGGGUGUGGCUGUAGGCGAUGUUUUUGUGCCGCUAGCUAAUGGCAUUAAGUGCUAUUGUAACUCCGCGUCAACCGAUUGUCCUCAGGCACAGGGAUUCUACGACUUACAAUUGCCCGUUAGCGUAUUAGUGUGGCCAACGUAUACACCAACACGAAUUCUUGAAAAUUGGUCGUCUGGCUGUUAUGCUAUGGAUCAAAUUCUUUCAACUUCUAUCGAACGAACUUUCUUGAGUAAUCAAACUGCACUUGACAUUUUUGUCUCGUAUUUCAAUAACUCAUCGCUGUCGAAUAUGAAGCGACCGAUUGCUUUGAAUAAAUCAAAUGUGAUCAAUCAAAAUAGUACUUUCAAUGAGGUUGUACAAAGUACUAUGCUUCUUAAAGACUUGCGAAUAGAAGUCAACUACUCACUUUAUUUUGCUGACUGUCGACCCAAAUCUUGUCUUUAUACAAUCCAGCAGCACUACAGCUUUCUCUAUAUGUUUACUACCCUUUUUGGCCUCUAUGGUGGUUUAUCAGUGGCUCUUCGGUUGAUUAUUCCACUUGUAGUCGGAUUCUUGGUUCGACGCGUCUUUCGAAAAUCACCAACUAUUCCUUCUACCAGUGUGGAUACAGUCAUGGUACGAACUAAAAUGUGGAAAAAGCAGACAAGAGAAAUGGCGAUGCAAACCUGGAUUUUAUUAAAUGAUCUGAAUCUAUUCAAGUCAUCACCUCGACAGCAUGGAUCAGAUAUCAGACAACAACGCUGGAUGACGCGAAUUUAUUUUUUAAUUUUUGGCCUUUUUAUCAGCAUUCUUAUGAUUUAUAUGAUGGCGGAUGUUGAAAUAAAAUCAGUCGAAGUCAAAUAUCCUUCAAUGACUACAGUAGAGCAGCUAGAAUUUGAAAGUAUUAAUGGAUUGAUUUCAUCUUUACAAUGUUCAUGUACAAAAUUCAUUGUACCGUAUGGUUCAUUUAUUCAAGUCCAGCAGCCUGUCUACCAUCAAGUCUGCUCAAGCGCCCUAGUGACGCCAAGCUGGCAGAAUACCCUUAGUGGCUCUUCGGCCGGUAAGAAAGUUUUCUGUUAUGCAGGAUAG